AUGAAUAUAUAUUUCAUCUAUGAAGACGUAGAGGACGAAGACAAAGACGAACCACUUCCUCCAGAACCAGUCAAACCAGUCAGUGACGGACCUCACAAGUCCAAGGACCACUACUGCAAGAAGCCAAAGUUCUGUGAUGUCUGUGCACGAAUGAUAGUGUUACACAACAAGUCUGCAUUGCGAUGUAAGAACUGCAAAACCAGCAUCCACCACCAGUGUCAGUCCUACGUGGAAUUCCAGAAAUUGUGAGGUUUGCUGUAUACAUGUUCCUCUCCUCCAGGAUUCAGAAGAGCCUAUAGUUCUCCUCUCUACAGCAGCCAGCAGAAUGCCACGUCUCAGCUGCUGCCCUUUUCACAGUCGAACCGCACUGACCCCGUGUUUGAGACGCUGCGUAUCGAUGUGAUCAUGGUCAGCAAGGAGCGUAAAAAAGGUCCAGAGGACAAGAAGGAUAUGAUGAUGAUGAUGAUGAUGAUGGAGGAUGAUGAGUCCCAGCCCAAACAGGAGGGUGAAGGAGGUGAAGGAGCAAACUCAGAAGGGGACAAAAGAGGAGACAAGGCUCCUGCUGAUGACAAGAGUAAAAAGCUUCAGCCGGGUAAGAUCGGUGUGUUUAGUCAGUCUCACUACUAUCUGGCUCUGUACCGCUUCAAAGCCAUAGAGAAAGACGAUCUGGAUGUUCAUGCCGGUGACCGGAUCACAGUGAUAGAUGACUCCAAUGAGGAUUGGUGGAGGGGGAAGAUCGGCGAGAGAACGGGCUUCAUACCGGCCAACUACAUCAUCCGAGGAGCAGGAGAAAUGAUUUACAUGGUGACACGCUCAUUCGUUGGCAACAAAGAGAUGGGCCAAAUAACUCUGAAGAAAGAUCAGAUUGUAGUGAAGAAGGCUGAGGAGGUUAACGGCUACCUGAAGGUCAGUACAGGACGGAAGAUCGGCUUCUUCCCCACCAACCUGUUGGCGACACAUGAUGAGCUGCCUGGUCACGCCUCCUUCCUCCUCUGUUGUCUGUCAGAGAAAAAAAAGGAGAGCACCGUGGCCCGAGCAGGUAGCGCUGCCAGGCUUCAGCAGCCAGGCUUCAGCAGCCCUCUGAUUGGACGACAGAGCACCCCUUCAGUCACGGGUCACUUCCUUCUGGGAAACAGCCUCAUGCGUCAUGCCGCUCUGGACCGAGGGGCCGCGUUGGAAGACAUCACAGCUGCCAUGUUGUCAUCCCCGACCCCCCGACCCUGCCACUCCAGACAGGCGGGAUGGAGGAGGGUUGCCAAAAUGUUUGUGGAUUUGAGUGGGUGA